CGGGGAGGAGGACGGGGAAGGCGCAGCGAGGGGGUGGGAAUGUCAGGUAUAUAGUGAAGUGUUAUGGCCGGUGGAGUCACAGUCACACACAUCCCUGCCAUGGCCGCCGCCUCACCGAUCCUGCUCCUGCUGCUCCUGGCGGGAGGCGCUUGGGGACAGUCUUGCCUGGGGCGCUGCGGCAUCGAUGACGGAGUGAGCGCCUGCCAGUGCAACGAGCUCUGUACGACCUACGGCGACUGCUGCAGCGACUACGAGAGCAUCUGUUUGUCGUGCCAGGACCGCUGCGGGGAGGCCUACCUGUACUCCAAGCCAUGCCAGUGCAAUGACGAGUGUGGCAACUAUGGAAACUGCUGUGAUGAUUAUACGGAGCUGUGCGGCGGGUCUGGGGGGGGGCUGACCGACGCUGACCUCAUGAACAUCACGGAGCAGUUCUACGCCGCGGAGGUCAACUCUGUGUACAGCCUUUUGACGCUCGACUACCAGGGCGAGGGAAGCUCCGGGGACCUGGCGCCCGGCCCUCUCUUCACCAACGUGGGCGAUGGUGCUCUCAGCGGCCCCACCAUCUCGCUCUUGAUGCAGGUCCAGGAUAACUAUGUCCCGGACGUGGCUCAGACGGAGGAUCAAACCGCGCUCGAGAUCGAAGAGCAGAACGCGCUGCUCGACGCCAUGGCGGCCACUGAGAUCAUGCAGUUGGCCGAGGCUUUCCUCCAGUCCAACAACCUCCUGACGGGCUCGCUGCGGGACAAGCUCGAUCAGAUCUGGUUCACGCUGUAUGACCGCGGCACCGAUGCCUCCUCGGGCUUCGAACACGUCUUCGUCGGGGAGCUGAAGAACGGCGUCUCGGGCUUCCACAACUGGGUCAGCUUCCAGAAGGAGGAAGCCGAGGGUGACCUGAACUACUUGAGCUGGAUGAGUGACCUGAAGCUGGGCGCGAAGGGCGAGAUCAUCAUGCACCGCUUCGAGUGGGAGGGCGCCACCAAGAACAUCGGCUCCAUGUUCAUCGGCACGUCCCCCGAGCUGGAGAUGGCCACCUACACCGUCUGCUUCCUGGCGCGACCCAACCAGCUCUGCCCGGUACAGAUGGGCGGGCAGGCGUUCCACGUGCAGACCUACGACAUAUACGGCGACCCGAACCUGGUGGGCAGCGCUUACCCCGACAUCCCACCCAAGGACACACGGACGGGCCUUGUCACCGCCGCUUUGGGCCACGGACGGACGGAGGGGCGGACCACCGGAGGAAGCCAGUAUAGUGUUGGUCCCGGCCGUGCUCACAAUACACCGAACGACUUGCCGCGGCGUCACCAAUGCGAUAGACUCCUCCUGGACUUGACAGUACCGAGGAUGAGAGGCUGGGUGGCUGUGGUGGUGGUGGUGGUGUGUGGUGUGUCGGGUGCUGCAGGCUGUGGCCGUGGCAGCACCACCACCCGAGCGCCGCCCACCGUGGAGCCUGAGAUCCAGGCAGUGACGGUAGCUUCCAAUGAACGCUCAGGGGGGCGAGGGAGCAGCGGAGGAAGCAGAAGCAGAACCCCGACAACCAGCGUCAUGUCAACCGCUGAGCUGCGGGCGGCCAGCGAGGAACUGCUGACUCUGGACACUGGUCUGCCUCAGCCUGUGGUCAACGUGCAGGGACAGACCUCCGGCAACUCAGCGAGUGAUGCAGCGCCCCGCCCUCUGAUCACAUCGGUGCAACAAGCCGCCAUGACCACGGAGACGGUAACCUUGAUGCGACAGCUGCUGGACAACUACGAGCCACAGACGUCGAGGCAAGAGAUGCAAACCAGCGCCGAGCGAGCCGAGGAGAACCGGUUCCUGGAGGCCGUCAUGCGCACGCCUCUCAUGCAAAGACUCGAGGCCAUCCUGCAGCAGAAAGGUGUCCUCCAGGGCAGGCUACGUGACACCCUCAAGCUGAUCUGGUUCACGCAGUACACACGAGGCGGCCAACAGCUCUCCUCGUCCGGCUUUGAGCACGUCUUUGUGGGCGAGGUGAAGAACAGCAAGGUGUCCGGCUUCCACAACUGGCUGAGCUUCUUGAAGGAGGAAGGCGAGGGCGACCUGGACUACAAAGGCUACUUGAAGAAGCUUGAUUUUGGUAACAAGGGUGAGAUCAUCAAGAUGCGGUUUGUGUGGCUGGGUGACAACAAGCCGGUGGGGACGGUGUUUAUCGGCACCACCCCGGAGCUGGAGAUGGCCCUCUACACACUGUGCUUCCUCGUCAAGCCCAACGCCCGCUGUCCACUCCAACUCGCCAGCAAGAGGUUCCAGAUACAGACCUGGACCCAGCAAUACCAAGGCAAGACUCUGGUGGGCAGCGCUUAUCCAGAAAUAUAGACGCUGGUGUAUAUUACGUGCGAAAUGACAGUAAUAAGUUUUGAUUCACCCAGCAGCAUAUAUAAAAACAGGAAAGUAGUUUCUGGCACCAUCAUGCACAAAAGUCAUGUUCAGGUCAGUAGUGUUCUGCGUGCACGGAGGUGUUUGUCCGUCAGCAGAGGAGGUUCCAUUGCUAUCUACCAGUCAUUUCAGUUUGGAUUCUUUCAAUGUUUUCAUGUCAUUUAGUUUGUUCCCAUUUGCAGAUGUAAUCAAAAGAUCUGGGUAUUAAUGUUUCAGCAACUUUCUAUUGUGAUUUAUCCCAAUUAUAGAACAAGGGCAACAAUAUUAUUCUGUCUGUAUGUCAAUCAAUAAAUUUCAACAUAA